AUGCAGUAUGGCUUCGACCUAGCAGCAGUAGGUUCGCUACAGGCAAUGCCGGGGUUUCUCAAAGUAUUCGGGUACGCAUCACCGGGGAGUGAGACUGGCUAUGCAAUUGACAGCACAGUCCAACAACUCAUAACCUCCCUCCUAACCCUAGGCUCCUUCGUCUCCUCCCUCGUAGCAGGCGUCUUCUCAGCCUAUCUCGGCCGCAAACCCGCCCUCUGGCUAGCCUGCAUCGUCAACGCCAUCGCCUGCGGCAUCCAAAUCGGCACGUCCACCGCAGGAGUACUCUACCUAGGCCGUCUGCUUCUCGGCUUCGCAAACGGGUUUCUCGUCACGUUUUCAAAUAUCUACACUGCAGAGGUAGCACCCGCACAUAUGCGCGGGGUGAUGGUCGCGCUGUUCGCGUACUGGGUGAAUAUUGGGAGUAUCAUGGGUGCGGUGGUGGAUAAUAAGACGAAAGAGAGAUUGGAUGAGUUGUCGUAUCGGAUUCCGUUGGCUUGUUUGUAUAUUGUGCCGACGUUGCUUUUUGUCGCGUUGUUUUUUGUUCCUGAGAGUCCGAGGUGGUUGUUGCAUCGCGGGAAAGAGCAGGAGGCGAGGAAAGCGCUUGAACAGCUUCGUGGCUCGAGCUAUGCGAGUCUUUUGGCGGUUGGGGGUAAUGAGAGUAGUGAUGAGGGGGGUGUUGUGCCUACUUUGUUGGAGGUUGAGUGGGUAGAGAUGAUUAAGGGUGUUGAGGAGGAGAAGCGUGAGCAGGGAAGUGUUUCUGCGCUGGAUAUGUUCCGAGGGCCUGACCUCCGCCGCACACUGCUCUGCUACGGCAUGAUCGGCUGCCAAACCGCCUCAGGCGUGUGGUUCCUCAUCGGCUACCAAACAUACUUCUUCACCGUCUGCGGUAUAACCAAAGCCUUCGAAUUCUCCAUUAUGAACACCUGCUUCGGCUUCUUCGGCGUCAACGUCGGCAUGUACGCCAUCAGCCAACUGCUUGGUCGACGAUCCAUCCUCAUGCUCGGCGCCGUAGCCUGUGGCCUAUGCCAACUAGCCACAGCCAUCGCGGCCACCGUGAGUCCAGACACGUUGCCAACGGGUCAAACACUUGUAGCAUUCACCGCUGUCUUUUUUUUCAGUUAUAAUGGCUGCGUUGGUGCGGCAAGUUACCCCGUAGCGACGGAAUUGGGCGCUCGAUACGGUUAUAUCUGGGCUGCAUCGAAUCUCUGCUGCGUGGUAUUCUUCUAUUUCUUCAUGCCGGAGAUGAAAGGUCGAUCUCUGGAGGAAUUGGAUGAGAUCUUUGCGGCACGAGUGCCGACACGCAAAUUCAAGUCGUAUCAGACUGUGAUUCGGGUGGCGGCUAGGAUUGAUGCGGCUAAUGCUAAAGGUGCGAGUCAGCAUAUUGAGAAGGCUUAG